CCCAGAUAGAAACUCAUCAGACGAAGUGAGGAGACCAGACCAUGAAGACUCGGGUCUAGAUUCAGGUUCACCGACAGAACCAUCACGUCUGUGUGUGUCCUCCGCUUCUCUUCCACUCGUGUGUAUGUCUGCGUGAGCCGUUUUGCCUCCUCGCUGCUUGUGUCGCUGCGGCUUCCCGUCGUCAUGUGGAGUUUACCUGGCGCCGCCAUCAUCUUCAUCCUCCUGCUGUCGCUGCUAGAAGUGUCUGUCUGUAUUCAGGUGAUUGUCGCCCAGCAGGAGCGCAGCACUGCUCUCUUCGCCUCCGUGAUCCUCCGCUGCGACUACAGCACCUCCGCAAACCUCCAAGAUGUCCUGGUCACCUGGAGGUUCAAGUCCUACUGCAAGGACCCCGUCCUGGAGUACUACUCCACAGCGUACCAGUCUGCGCUACAGUUGGGACAGGACCCAGCCAAUGACUGUCCAGAUCGCCAGCGAACAAUACGCACUGUUAUCCAGAAGAGAGGAGGCAACGAGCCGAUCCUGGGACCUGAAUACCGCGAACGCAGGAUCAGUAUUCAAAACAAGGCAGACCUGGUGAUGAAUGAGGUGAUGUGGUGGGACAACGGGGUGUACUACUGCAGCGUGGAUGCCGCUGGAGACACCUCAGGAGACUCGGACAAAGAAAUCAAACUCAUCGUCUACCACUGGUUGGUUGUGUUAUUCAUCGUCAUCGGGGCGUUGCUUCUGAUCCUCCUCUUCUGCAUCUGCUGCUGCCAGUGUUGCCCUCAGAAAUGCUGCUGCUAUGUGCGCUGUCCAUGCUGCCCACAGCAAUGCUGCUGUCCUGAAAAAGCGGUGAUGCAGCAUCGCAUGAUGAAGCAGGCUCAGAUGUCCUGGAUGGGAGGACAGCCGGCAUAUGGACCAAUGAGCCACGCCUCAUCCCAGAUGAACCCGAUGCUCUACCAAGGUUCUAACUCUGGGAAGAUAAUGCAAAUGCAGCCAAUGCCCCUCCCUCCCCCUCAGUCUUCAGCAUACAGCAUGCCCCCACCCAGUGUCCCUGGCAACCACAGCCCUGCCAACACCAAUCAGAUGCUUAAUUACCUGGAGAGCCAGGUGAGGGGGAUGGACAUGACCACUCCUCUAUUACAGUCCCCGCCACCUCCACCCCAACACAUGCAAUACAUGCCACCUCCUCCCCAGCACAUUCCCAUGACUGUCCCGUUUUCCCCCGGCCCUCCCAGCAUGAUCUCUGCCCUUGAUGAAGGGCCACCACAGCGUCGCGUCAUCACACUUCCACCAAUAAGGGAGCAGCACCCAAGCAGAAUGCCACCCCCUGCACCCAAGACACGCCCCCCGAGCUCGAGCGAGAGCAGCCGGAGUGGCUUCGGCCGCCGCGAUGACCGAGGAGUAGCAGGUAGGCGUUACCCCUCACCCACCAGAUCGAGGGUCAUGCCCCGGAGCUACAGCCAGGACACCCUGGACGGGCCGAGUCACAACGGGUCACGAGGAGGCAUGGACCGUCCCCGCUCCCGUUCCAGGGAUGACCUGUUCGACACCAGGUCCAGGACAAACAACUCCCCACCUGCAUCUCGGCAAUCAAGACGAGGGUCCUGGAGCUCGGAUGAUGAGGCCAGCAGCAGGAGAGGAGGAGGUGGAGGAGGAGGAGGGAGAAGAGGAGGUGGAGGCUGGGUUGACAAACCACCCAGCUACUCCGAGUACGAGCCUGGACAGAAACCGGGGACGCGGAGGAAUGAACGCUACUCUGGCAAGAGUUCUCGCAGUGGCACCAGCAUCGUCAUCUGAACCCUCCAGCUGUGAAACGCCCUGUGACCUCUGUUUCAGUGAACACGCACAGCUCUGUAGAACUGGGAGCCCAUCGACGGUUGUCACCGAUUGUUAUGUAUUGAAAUGAAUCAUGAACCAGCAGAUGUCAUGCAGAGAUGUGAUAGUGAGAAAGUGUGAAGAUGGUAAAACAAAUGAUUGGUGUCUACGAGAAAUCCUUUUUGGUAGCCUACAGUUGUUUUUGCAAAGUAAAAUACCAAGUCUUUACUGGGGCUACUGAACAGAUUUGUGCGAUAUUACCUCCCCCUGCUGGUUAAUCAGUGAAAUUCAGUAUUCUGACGUCUUUCAUGUAGCUUUAGAAUGAAUGUUUCUCGUUUUGAAACCGGUAUUAAUUGCAGAUUGAAUUACUCUCAGUGCCAGUAAACAAACAACACUAGUUACAAUAAAGCUAUGUAUACACACAUUACUAUGAAUACAUUCCUGGGAAUGCUCAAGUUAGUUUUAAUCGUUUUUGUAUAUUUAUUUUUUAAAGAUAUUUUAAAGUUUACAAACUUAACUGCCCUACAACACACACCUCCCAUGUGUAUCAUGGCAUGUUUCAGAAGGACACAUUUAAGUUUUGACCCUUCCACUGUCAUUUUUAAGGUUUUAGAUUUUAAUCUUUUGUUUUUACACUGUACAAUGUAAAAGCAGUUUGUGUUUAUUGAUAAAGAUGAAAAUAAAUGUUUUACCUUUUGGGUAUAAAAAAAACUGAA